UCUCUCUUUAAAAUUGUCUAGUUUCUCCAUUCACCAAAAACUCUUGUUUAGAUAUAUUUAUUUUCCCAUGUCCCAACUAAUCUCAAAAACAUGGACUCUGAGCUUAAUGUAAUUGAUAUCACUCCUUAUCUUGCAAUGUCCGGUGAAUGUGAUGAACAACUGAUUGCCCUUUGUUGUGAAGUGAGUUACAAUUUGAGGGAAAAGGGAGCACUGCUCUUAAAAGAUCCACGAUGCACACUAGAAGACAGUGAUCGUUUUGUUGCAAUGGUGGAGAAGUAUUUCUCUAGCUCUCUACAGUUUAAACUCCUCCACCAAAGACCUCAGUUACAUUACCAGGUUGGGGUCACACCAGAGGGAAUAGAAGUACCCAGAAGCUUGGUGGAUGAAGAGAUGAAAGAGAAAAUGCAAAAAAUGUCGGAAGAAAAUAGACCAAGUGCUCCUCUUGGUGCUGAUCUCAAAUGGCGAUACUUUUGGAGACCCAACAGCUGUUCUCAAUCAGUAAUACCUGAAGGUUUUCUUGAAUGGGAAGAAACCAUGAAUUCUUGGGGACAAAAGAUGAUGGCAGCAAUUGAAGUGGUUGCUGAAAUGGCAGCUAUUGGGUAUGAUCUUCCAAAAGAUUCUUUUACUUCUCUUAUGAAACAGGGCCCACAUCUGUUAGCUCCAACAGGGAGUGACCUUGAAAAAUAUGGGAAGGAGGGAACGGUUCUGGCUGGGUAUCACUAUGACCUUAACUUUCUAACCAUACAUGGAAGAAGUAAUUUUCCUGGCUUAAAUGUAUGGUUGAAAAAUGGAAAAAAGAUUGCGGCAAAGGUUCCAUUUGGAUGUCUUCUUGUUCAAACCGGAAAGCAGAUGGAGUGGUUAACGGGAGGGGAAUGUAUGGCAAGCAUGCAUGAAUUGGUGGUGACCAACCACACUAUUGAAGCCAUCAGUGAAGCCCAGGAGCAAAAACGUUGCUUGUGGAGAGUCUCAUCAACAUUGUUUGCUCACAUAGCUUCUCAUCAAAUUCUCAAGCCGUUGGGAUAUUUUGAGAGAUCACCGUUGGCAAUCAAAUAUCCACCAAUCAUUGCAGGAGAGUACGUUGAACAAGAGCUUGGAGUAAUAAAUGUUAAGGCAAAUAAUUAAUUUUUAUUAUUUAUAAUUGUAUUAAAAAACUCUGUACAGGAGAAGAAGAUGAAAAUUAGUAACUUGAUGUGAAAGUUACCAUUAUUGAUCUUAGCGUUAAUGUUUUGCCUUAGUUGUACUUGUUGUAUAAGUUACUCGGUUUCUAUUUUGGUUAGUUAGAAUGUUUGUUGGGUUGUUAUCUCUCUCUAACCAACUUGUAAUUAUUGAAGAGUAA